AUGAGGGCUCACUGGAUUCAGCUGGUGGUUACCUGCCUGCUGAUCACCUAUGGAUGUUGUCAGGAUGUUGCCAUGGAUUCUAAUUCCAGUUUAAUCGAGCAGACUGAUCGAUCGGACCUGCUUGGACAGAUGAUGGAGAAAGUUAACGAUUUAAAAAUGACUGAAGAUGAGCUCAAAACGUUCCUCCAUCUCCUUAAAUCGAAUGUCUCUGAUGAUUAUUCCGAUGAGCACGUUUUGGAAGAGCAUGGUCACGCCGCUGGAAACGAUUCAUCCCACGGAGGAUUUCACGUCUUCUCGUUCCAUUGGGAAUACGUGAAAAACGACAUGGUUCUCGUGCUAUUUUUCAUUGUUAUCGGUUUAUUCAAACUUGGUUAUCACCACACCCGAUUCACCAAGAAAAUCCUCCCGGAAUCCUGCUGCUUGAUUAUCAUUGGCGUCAUUUUCGGAUUCUUCUUUAUCGGAGAUGACACUCAUCAAUCCAUCAAAUUCCUGGAAUUCAGUACAAAAGUCUUCUUCUUCUACCUCCUCCCACCAAUCAUUUUAGAAUCUGCGUACUCAUUGAAGGAUCGAGCAUUUAUCGAUAAUAUCGGAACUAUUCUGCUUUACGCUGUUUUGGGAACUGUUCUGAAUAUUGUUCUCCUUGCUGCAGCCCUCUUGAUCCUUAUUUGGGUUGGAGUCAUGGGAGAGAUCAAUCUGAGUGCCAUGGACAUCUUCACCUUUUCCUCUUUAGUCGCCGCUGUUGAUCCUGUAGCCGUUCUUGCAGUUUUCCAAGAAGUCAGUGUCAAUAAAAUGCUUUACUUCAUGGUUUUCGGAGAGUCCUUGUUCAACGACGCAGUCACCAUCGUCUGCUACAAUCUUGCUAUUGAGUUCCAAACUCUUCCAGAAUUCACUUGGUUUCAUGGCCUUCUUGGAUUUGUCAAAUUCGCUUGUGUUGCCAUUGGUGGUUUGAUUAUCGGUCUGAUUUGUGGUGCAAUAUCCUCAUUCAUCACGAAAUUCACCACUGACGUCAGAGUUGUGGAGCCUGUUAUCCUUUUCGGAAUGGCGUAUCUGGCUUAUUUGACCAGCGAAAUGUUCCAUUUCUCUGGAAUCAUUGCUCUAAUCGCUUGCGGAUUGUUCCAAACUCACUAUGCAUGCUGUAACGUGUCCUACAAAUCCUUCACCAGUGUCAUGUACAUCACAAAAGUUGCCAGUACUCUCUGCGAGUCUCUCAUCUUCAUCAUCCUUGGAGUCAUGCUGGUCAAUGAGCGAGAAUGGUUCUGGGAGGAUUGGCAUCCGGUGUUCUCCGCGGUUUCUGUCAUUCUUUGUGUGGUUGUGAGAUUUGGGGUGACAUUCUUCUUGACCUACAUUGUCAACAAGUUCACAGGAGGAGUCCGUCAUAUUUCUUUCCAGGAGCAGUUUAUCAUGAGUUACGGAGGUCUUCGAGGAGCCGUGUCGUUCUCUCUCGCUUUUAUGAUCACUUCUAGCGCGGAUGUCAAAAACACUAUUUUGGGUGCGACGUACGCUGUGAUUCUGUUCACUAACAUCCUUCAGGGCUCCACUAUCAAACUCUUCGUGAAAUGGCUCAAUAUCCGAUUAGCCAAAAAAGAUGAUCAUUUCCGAUUGUUCAAUGAGUUCAACAGUGGAAUGGUUCACCAUCUGUCCCAAGGAAUUGAAGGAGUUUGUGCCAAUAAGAACAUGAGUAUCAUUGUGAGCUCUCGGAAUUAUUAUGCAUGGAAAUUAUUGAUUUUUCAGAACAAGUGCAGUGACUUCUCCAAAAAAUAUGUGCGUCCAAUACUGGAGAAGAAUUAUGAUGCUAAUGCAAAGAAGGAAGGCAAGUUGGUUGAGUUGAAUAGAGCGGUGGCCAUGAGAGAAGCGCUGAACAAUAGUCCAUCUCAAAGUUCAUUCAAAAGACAACAAACUCUUGAUGAGAUGGCAGAAAGUGGUGCACUUCCACAUGACUUAAUGGACGAGGAUCAUCAUCAUGCCGGAAAAGUUCACACGGACCGAGAGGAAAUUGACGAACGUGCUAAUGAACUUCUCAAAGACGUCUCCACAAUUCGUUCUCUCAUGAACAAUCCAUAUGAAGAGUGCUACCUGGACCGCAAUUUGACGCACGAGGAGGAAAAAGAGAAGGCUAGAGCGAAAAUGAAAUCAUUGAAAAGUCGGGCGUUUAACAUUUCGUCUGUAAGGAAAACAAUUGGAUUCUUCGGAAAGAAGAAGUCGGUUCGUCGGAAUGCUACUCAACAAGGUCUUAUCCAUUCUGCAAUUGCUACACUUGGAGUGCAAUCAGUCGACCGACCGUCAACAUCGACUCGAGUCAGUGUUGAAGACGAAGAGCAAGGGCUCACAAUGCGCGAAAUGGAGGAAGAACACCCGCUGAUGACAAUAAAGGAAACCGAGGAGACAUCAUUCUGA